CUGCAACCACAAAUUCAACUAUUGAACCAACCAGACAGACUGAAAAGAAUGAUCAUGAUGCUAUCAUUAUCCAGGAGACAGACAUUAAUGAUAAUGUGUAUAUUAAGAUUGACUGCCUUAAUAUGGAAGACCUUAUUAAGUACAAAAUUAAAAAGUUAUCAUUUGGAUCUGAUACAGUCAAUGUAGAAUAUCAGACAUAUUUGCUUGUGAAUGUAGAUGUAACUUCGAAUAUGACAGCCAAGGAUGUUGCUACUCUUAUCGUUGCUAAAAUAGAAGAUGGUGAUGAUUAUUCAUAG